UUGUUCUUAUGUGUGUUCUGUCGCUGAAGGUCGUUCCGGCGGACGACAGCCAAUCAUAGCUAACUGCCAUCUCGUGAGAUCUCUGCAGUACUGUCGGUUGCAUAAAAGACGGCAGAUAGAAGGAAUGCGGGCUGAGUAGCCGGAGUGGAAGGAGGCCCGCCCAUUGUUUCACGCAUUUACGGUUCUAGCGUGCGAUUUGCCGAAACAGUCACACAUACUAAUACCGUCGCAUCACGUGAAGCACACAGCAAAAGAUCCCUCUUGUCCCUGUGCCGUCCCGCAUGCCGUCCACCCACUGGCUAGGUCGAGAGGGGAAAAAGCCUCAGAGGUAACGGAUACACGAGCCGCCAGUUCGAUAUUCUUGUUCUAGAGCAUUCGCAGCGUCCAAAUCUUUGUCAAGCCCUUUUGUAUUUUCAUACUGAUUAUUGUUACGUUUUUCUUGUGGUAAUUGCUAAAUUAAAUAAUAAAAAUAGUAUGGAACGUAAGCGAGGCAAGACCAUACGGAGUGAAGCUCGUAAUAUUAUACGUCGCGUAAUACGGAAGUGCGACGAAGAAUCCCGUAAGAAUCAAAUGUUAAUCCCUUUGAAACAAUCGACGGCUCGUGCUGCAGAGUAUGUGGGAGUAUCAGAAAGAUCGAUUGUAAGAAUUCGGAAAGAAGACGCAAACACAGAUGAAAAUCAACUAUUAGCAUCCCCAGGAAAGAAACGACCACGAAGAGAGGAUACAACAUUUCAUUAUUCUCAGGAGGAUCAAAAAGUAAUAAGGGAUACUGUUUAUGAUUUUUAUGUAAAUAAAAAAAUUGUUCCAACAGGCCCUAAAAUAUUGGAAGCUAUUAAGGAAAAAAUAGAGUUUCCUUGGUCUGUACACUCCUUGUACAGAGUACUUCGACGUAUUGGCUUUAAAUGGAGAAAUAGCAAUUCAAUUAGAAAAGUUUUAAUCGAGAAGCCAAGUAUCGUAGCUUGGCGAGGCAAAUAUAUAAAAUCAAUUCAAGAGUACAGAGCUCAAAAUCGAAACAUAAUCUACCUGACAGAAACAUGGGUGGACAGUUCGUUACGCUUCAGUAAAUGUUGGCAGCAUGAAGAUGCAUCAGAGGGUUCGCAAGGUACAAGUUUCCCCCUUCGGCUUCUAAUACUUCAUGCAGGUGGAAGAAAUGGUUUUGUGCAAAGUGCAGAAAUGAUCUAUAAAGUUACUAAUAGUCAAAUGAAUGCCACUAACUUUGAAAAAUGGAUAAAAGAAAAAUUACUUCCUAAUAUACCAGCCAAAUCUGUAAUUGUAAUGGACAACGCACCGUAUCACAGUGUUCAGUUAAACAGGCCACCAUCAAAAUAUGCAAAGAAAGAAGAUAUGGUGAAAUGGUUGGUUGAAAAUAAUAUACCUCAUGCAAAAAAGAUGAGAAAACACGAGCUAAUUGAUCUUGUUGAUAACAAUAAAAAGGUAGAAAAAGUAUAUAAAAUCGAUGAACUCAUAAAAUUGCAUGGUCAUGACACUUUACGAUUGCCACCAUACAUGCCAGAAUUAAACCCCAUUGAAUUAGUUUGGGCCCAAAUUAAAAAUAAAUUGAAAACAGAAGAAAACAGUUUGGAAUUGACGAUCAAUGAACUUGAAAACUUCAUGGAUGUGGCAAUGAAACAAAUCACUUUAAUCGAUUGGGAAAUGUACUGUUCUUGCGUGGAGAAUUUAGAAAAAGACUAUUGGCAAAGAGAUUGGCUAAUAGAAGAAAUAAUGGACAAUAUGCAGUUACAGAGCGAUUCAGAAAGCGAAUAUGAGGAAGAUAGUAGUUCAUCAGAAUAACUUGGGAAGCUUAAAGACUGUACGUGAUUGGAGCAAUCACAAACGAAUGCAAUGGAGAUAAUCACAGGAAUAACAUGGCAAGUUGGAAAACCCUGUGUGAUCGGAACAAUCACAAACUAAUGUGACAGAGAUAAUAACUCACAGGGAUAACUUGAGAAGCUUGAAGACCACACAUAAUCGAAAGAAUUACAAAAUAAUGUGAUAAAAAUAAUAAUUUAUAGGGUAAGAGAAAAUAAAAUCUAUUUUUGAAAAUGAAUAACUUUGGAAAUUAAAAGAAGACCACGACGACAAAGGAGAUCAUGUGAUAGCACAACGACCACUGUAUAUUGUCCAUUAUUUCUUCUAUCUGCCCAUCUUUCUGUCAAUAUUCUACAAUAUUCACGUGGUCACAUCGGUAAACUUCUCAAGUUUAUCCCUUGUCAAUUUUGAAGUUUUCUUUCUCUCAAUUUGCAUUUAAUUGGCUAAUUUAACUAAUGUCAUGCUAAUUUAAUAAUAAAUAACUAAUUUUUUGGACCUUUUAUUCUUCUAGAUAAUUCGUAUAGCUUUUGUUUCCUCAUCGUUUCUGGGCGAGCUAUGUUAUUUUCAACCAACUACUUCAACAUAAUCUUCUUUCUUUUAUAUUUUAAUGGCGGCUUUAUCUAUUAGAAGAUUGUACUAUGACGCAUUGCCCAUAAUAAUCACAAAGUUAGUUGGAAUAUUAGGUAGUUAUUUUGUCAAAAUUGGUGGCGUUCAUUUUACUAUAAUAAUCACCGGUUGUGUGGAAUUUAAACAUUAAUUGUGCACCUUGCACAAAAGCAUCUUUAUCUUUGGUAUAAACUAUCACGAGUCGGUGGAAAGAAUCGGUACUUUUUGCAAAACGUCUAAUACAUUUUCGUUUUCCCAACCUUUACAGAAGCAUAAAGAAUUACUCACCCAUGUCUCGUUGAAACGUUUCUUGAUUCUAUUAAGUUCAAUUGCCUUUAAAUAUUAGCCUCGCCAAAUUACAGUGUAAUCUACACGAAUGCAUUGUUGAAGUAAAAUCGAUGUUUCCUUAAUAACUGCCAACAUUUUAGAAUUUGUUAGGAGAAUCUUAUUUACAUAAAAAUCGUAUACCGUGUCUCGUAUUAUUUUCGUUGUCUUCUUGAGGACAGUAACACGUCGUAUCCUCUCUUCGUAAUCGUUUCCUUCAUGGCGAUGUUCUCAAUUGUAUGUAGAUAAUCAUGUAAAUAAUAUGUAUUAUAAUUAAUUUAUAUUUUGUUAUAUUAGGUUUUGUAUUCUGCAUUAUAUUUUGUAUUUUGUAUUACCUUUUAUAAAUGAAAUAUAAUAAAACAGUUUUGCAAUAAGUGUGUUAUACAAACAGUUAUUACUUAAUUAUUUGACUAUUUUGUGUAACAUUAUUACACAUUUAUAUGUAUCCUGUGUUAAUUAUUAAAUAUAUGUUUAGAUUUUGUUACAUACAUUAACUUUGUAAUUAGUACAUGUUUAUUUAUUUUAAUGUAUUUAAAUUAAAUUAUAUUUUAAAAAUUGGGUAAUAUUGCAAUUAAGCCGCUCUUCUCCCGAUUUUCGUGAAAUUGACAAAGGCUGCAGAAAUUGAUAUUUUUAUCAACUUUUUCCUGUAACAAACGAUUUGUAAUCUUAUAGUUUCUGAAAUAACCGCGUAGAUUAAAUUUUAUGUACAACAGAAAGCAAAACUGAUUCAAUACUUAAAUUUUCGUUAAAUUCUUUAUUUUACAUAAUGAACAGUAAGAUAUACAAAAA